GUUUUCCGCGCGGGGAGUGACGGGGGAGGGGGCCAUCUACGUCACGCUCGGGCUUCCGGGUGUGUGGCGUCACCGGAGGACACAGCGAAGCCGACUCCACGCGACAAGGCCAGACAAGAUGGCGGCGGCUGUAGUGUCAGCGGUCAGGGUGCUAUAGUUUGAUAGAUAAAAUGCUGUGAGAGGGGUGUAUUUCACAGCUUGCUCUAGUUGCCAUGGUGAUCUGAAACGAGCAGGUGGCACACGUGUGAUGGACCGGUGCAAGCAUGUGGGCCGGCUGCGGCUCGCCCAGGACCACUCUAUCCUGAACCCCCAGAAGUGGCACUGUGUGGACUGUAAUACCACGGAGUCGGUGUGGGCCUGCCUGAGCUGCUCACACGUGGCCUGUGGGCGCUACAUUGAGGAACAUGCGCUCCGCCACUUCGUAGAGAAGCGACACCCGGUGGCCCUGGAGGUCAACGAGUUGUACGUCUUCUGCUACCUGUGUGAUGAUUACGUCCUGAAUGACAAUGCCACGGGUGACCUGAAACUGCUACGCAGCACGCUGAACGCCAUCAAAAGCCAACGUUACGAGUGCACGACGCGUAGUGGCCGCACCCUCCGCUCCGCCUUCGCUACAGGAGACGAUGUCCCGACCCGCGGGGCGCAGGAGCUGUUGCUAAGGGAUGAAGAUCGCAUGUUUACAGCACUGUGGCACCGCCGCCGUGCCCUCAUUGGACGGGUUUUCCGUUCCUGGUUUGAGCUGACAGCGGGGGGACAGAGGCGGGCAGAGGAGGAGAGGCAACGUGAGGAAGUGGAAGAGCGGAGGAGGGAGGCGCGGGAACGGCGGCUGGAGCUCAAGCGGCAGUUCAGGGAGGAGCUGGAGAGCGUACCACCCAGGAAGAGCAACCGUCUGCGGCAGCAAAGUCAGAGAGCAUCGGCUCGGGCCGCGCUACCCAGGCCCGUCCGUUCCAGGAGCACUGACAAAGCCUCAAAGACUUCCAGGGUGCUCAAACCGUCACCCAGGAGGGGGAGGCGGAAUGCAAAGCCCGCAUUACGCAAGUCUCGCUUUGCCAAAACCAAACCCAGAAGCAGAGUCACUGCAGCCAAAGCCACGGCCCCAACCCAUUCGUCAAGCCCCGUGUCCAAGAUGGGCGACUCGCCCAUCAAACGGAGGCCCACCGUGACCCCUGGAGUGACGGGCCUUCGUAACCUGGGCAACACAUGCUACAUGAACUCCAUCUUGCAGGUGCUCAGCCACCUGCAUAUCUUCCGCGAAUGCUUCCUGCAGCUGGACUUGAACCAGGCCCUGGAGCUGCUGGCCAGUGCUGUCAACGGCAAGCUGGUGGUGCACGGGGGUGGCGGUGCAGGAGGUCUGCCCCACCUGCAGCAUCCCCCCUCACCGCCUGCUGCAGUCCCCCGGAAGGGCCCGACGUUGGUCUCAGGCCUAAGCGGGGGUGCCCCACGGGGCCGCAGCAUGGAACUGAUACAGCCCAAGGAGCCCAGCUCGAAGCACAUCUCCCUCUGCCAUGAGCUGCACACGCUCUUCCAAGUCAUGUGGUCGGGCAAAUGGGCGCUGGUGUCGCCCUUUGCCAUGCUGCACUCCGUUUGGCAGCUGAUCCCCGCCUUCCGUGGAUACGCGCAGCAGGACGCCCAGGAGUUUCUUUGCGAGUUGCUGGACAAGGUGCAGCGGGAGCUUGAGAACACGGGUGCUCUGACGCCUGCCAGCAUGCCGACCAACCAGCGGAGGCUCAUCAAGCAGGUGCUCAGCGUGGUCAACACCAUCUUCCACGGACAGCUACUGAGCCAGGUGACCUGCCUGGCCUGUGACAACAGGUCGAAUACCAUUGAGCCAUUCUGGGACCUCUCCCUGGAGUUCCCGGAGCGCUACCACUGCAACGGCAAGGAGACGGCCGCCCAGUUUUCCUGCCAGCUGACUGAGAUGCUGGCGAAGUUUACGGAGACCGAAGCGCUGGAGGGGAGCAUCUAUGCCUGUGAGCAGUGCAACAAUAAGCGGCGCAAGUUCUCCUCCAAACCCGUCAUUCUCACCGAAGCACAGAAGCAGCUCAUGGUUCACAAACUGCCUCAGGUCCUGCGACUGCAUCUCAAACGCUUCAGGUGGUCUGGGCGGAACCAUCGGGAGAAAAUCGGGGUCCAUGUCAGUUUCGACCAGGAGCUCAACAUGGAGCCCUACUGCUGCCGGGAGCUGUCCCCCGCUGGCCCGCCACCCAGAGAGCACUUCCUGUACGAGCUGUCUGCUGUUGUGAUGCAUCAUGGGAAGGGCUUUGGCUCUGGCCAUUACACUGCCUACUGCUACAACACGGAGGGAGGUUUCUGGGUUCACUGUAAUGACUCCAGACUGAACGUGUGCACGGUGGAGGAGGUAUGCAGGGCCCAGGCUUACAUCCUCUUCUACACGCAGAGGGUCUCUCAGGACAAAAGAAGGCCUCCAUAAGCGGGGGGAGGUGCAUCCCCUCUCUACCUUCCCUCGCUGCCCCCAGCAAGGGUCCCUCUACUCAGGGCCACACUGGAAAGAGCCCUUCCACCGCUUUACCCUCAUCCCUCCUAACGAGCAGCUCCAAGGAAACUUCCAAAUGCUCUUGUGUU